GCCUCCUCCGAACCCGGAAGCGUGAGGCUCGCUCCCACUCCGCUGACCGUUCGGGAAGGGGGAGCGCGGCGGCCCAGGCUCGCCCGGCCGCGCGCCCCGCCCCUCGGAGGCCCGCCCUCUAGCUCGUCCCCACAGCCCGCUGCGCCUGCGGGUACUGAGAGCUCCCGCUGCCGGCGGUGACCCGGGCCCAGCCGCCUCCACGGCCCGCGCCCCUACUGGAGGGAAGAGCCGCCUUGGGGAGGAGGGAAAGGGACGUGGGGGAGGCCACGGCAGCUCCUGUUAGCAGAAAGACUCAAGAGACUAAGGAGUAACUUAAUAGCUGUGUGCAAAUUUCCAAGAGCUUUUAUCCCAAGACAGCACAAGAUGAGGUGUCACAGAAGAAAUGUCAAGUAGGCAGCUUUUCCUCCCAUGAGGUUUAGACAAUAAUGGAAUAAGUUCCUGAAGAAAAGAGGGAUAAAUCUCUCCCUGAAGAGAUCUGAAAAAAGGAUAGCUGUCUACUGGUGUGAUUCCUAAGAUAUUGUCAACACGUAGGUAUUUCUAAGAUACUGUCAACAGAGUUUGCAAUCAUUUAACUAGGACAGGCGGUCUGACACCAGAAGAGACUCCCCUGCCUCUGGUCCUAGCUCUGCAAUAGCCAUGAGAUCUCUGGGUUAACCUCCAUUUCAGCUAAUCAUGGGAGAGAUUAAAGUCUCUCCUGAUUAUAACUGGUUUAGAAGUACAGUUCCCCUUAAAAAGUUUGUCCGAGAGCCUGGAGUCUUUCCCCUCUGGACAGCGCUGGAGAAUGACUCUGCAGAUGGCCUCCUCCACACACACACAGCCAGAAGUAUGGGGAAGAAAUAAGAUGCCAUAUACAGAGUUUAUUCUUUUAAUGAUUAUCGUGGAUGAUGAUGAUAGUAAAAUAUGGUCGCUGUAUGAUGCAGGCCCCAGAAAUAUCAGGUGUCCUCUGAUAUUUCUUCCCCCUGUCAGUGGAACUGCGGAUGUAUUUUUCCGGCAGAUUUUGGCUUUGACUGGAUGGGGUUACCGGGUUAUAGCUUUGCAGUAUCCAGUUUAUUGGGACCAUCUUGAAUUCUGUGACGGAUUCAGGAAACUUUUAGACCAUUUACAACUGGAUAAAGUUCAUCUUUUUGGGGCUUCUUUGGGAGGCUUUUUGGCUCAGAAAUUUGCUGAGUAUACACACAAAUCUCCCAGAGUCCAUUCUCUCAUCCUCUGCAAUUCCUUCAGUGACACCUCUAUCUUCAACCAAACUUGGACUGCAAACAGCUUUUGGCUGAUGCCAUCAUUUAUGCUCAAAAAAAUUGUUCUCGGAAACUUUUCAUCUGGCCCAGUGGACCCUAUGAUGGCUGAUGCUAUUGAUUUUAUGGUGGACAGGCUGGAAAGUUUGGGUCAGAGUGAACUGGCUUCAAGACUUACCCUGAAUUGUCAAAAUUCUUACGUGGAACCUCAUAAGAUUCGGGACAUCCCUGUGACCAUUAUGGAUGUAUUUGACCAGAGUGCACUUUCAACUGAAGCUAAAGAAGAAAUGUACAAACUGUAUCCUAAUGCCCGGAGGGCUCACCUUAAAACAGGAGGCAAUUUCCCAUACCUAUGCAGAAGUGCAGAGGUGAAUCUUUAUGUACAGAUCCAUUUGCUACAAUUCCAUGGAACCAAAUACGCGGCCAUUGACCCGUCGAUGGUCAGCGCUGAGGAACUGGAGGUGCAGAAAGGCAGCCUCAGCAUCGGUCAGGAGGAGCAGUAGCUGAGGCGUUGCCUGUUGAUGACGAGCGGGCCAGAGAGUUCUUAUCCAGUCAGCAGAGUGAGUGCCCGCCUGGCGGCCCCUCUGCUCCGUUGUUGGGUUCACCGGUUAUCACUGUGUUUGGAAGUAGGACUGAUUGUCAUCUCUGUGACAGGUGGCAGCUCUUCUGAACCAGUGUAACUGUUCCCCCUUUGGUUUUUUUUUUUUUUAGCUUUCGAAUUUGAGGAAGUACUUUUGAAGAUUCCCAUUUUAAGAAUUGUGAAAAUUUUGCUACCAAAAGUCUUCUUACCACUGUGUUCUUAAGUGAAUGUUGAUUUCUGAGGUUUGGGAUUUUGUGGGUUUUUUUUUUUCGUUUUCUUUCCUCCUUUCUUUCUUGUUACGUUAUUUGCUGUAAAUGCUGCACAUCCAGAUUGUGUAUCAGAAGGACAUUGGUUAUGUUUAUGCUUUCUUGGUGCCAAGGGCCAAGGCUGUCUGUCACCCCACCGUUUGCUCUCCAUCCAAAAUCAACUACUUCUAAUUUCCGGGUAAGCAGAUCAUUUUCUGUUUUAUCUGCUGUCUUUCUAGCCAUUACAGUCAUUUGGAAUAAAAAUUCAAUUUCAGUGA